UUGCUAGCUUUAACCAUAUUUUCGACCUCACUUGUACGGAAAAAACAGAGAAAAUUUCUUCAUUCGUCAUCGUUGCUCUUCUAUCCACUUUGUCGCUCUUCACCAUCAACCAUAGUCGUUUCAUUAGAUUCUGUCCACAAUGGGUGAUGCCAAAGCCAAAUUCGAUGAGAAAGAACGUAAAAAAUUGGAGAUUCGAGCUCGUCUCGAAGCUCAAAUGAAAAGCACCAAAAAGAAGGGCUUUAUGACGCCUGAACGUAAAAAGGCCCUCAGGAAUCUACUGCGACGAAAAGCAGCUGAAGAGGUGAAGCGACAACAGGAAAUCCGAGAACGUGAACGACAAAAAGCCAUUAGCGAACGAACUGGAAAGCCGAAGCCAACUCAUGAUUGCAAUGAAGCUGCAUUGAUUGCCAUCUGCAAAGAAUAUCAUAAUCGCAUCUACAAACUUAACGAAGAGAAAUGGGAUCUCGAAUUGGCUGUAUGCCUCAAAGAAUACGAGAUUCAAGACUUACAAUCACGAGUGAAUGACAUGCGAGGCAAAUUCAUAAUUCCACCGCUGAAAAAGGUGUCCAAAUAUCAAACACAAUUGGAAAAGAUGCGUCAAUGGACGUACAAAUUGGCUAAGAUGGAUAUGCGUGGAGGCCUUAAACAGGUCAAAAAGGAAAUUGAAUUGGAUGAAAAAUUGACAAAAAAAGACAACAAACCAGAAUGGGCAGCAUCAGUACAAAAAGAUACAGCUAAAGCUCAAUGAUCAUUCAUCAUUGUUCAAUAGCUUACUCUUUCUAACCUUUAUGCGAUCGUUAUUUCUAUUUAUUUAUCUAUCUCUCAGAUAUUAAUUUGUAAGAUGAAUAUUAUGUGUCAAGCAAAGCUAUAGUCGAAUCAUCAAGAAGUUUGUUGAAAUUCUUGAAACGAAAUGUAUGAAUCAGUUCGUUUGAUUAAUGUUUCGGCCCAAUAAAAUCUCAUUACUUAAACAAAA